AUGGCCAACAUGGUAGAACGCAGUCACGUUUCAAACACCCUUUUUCUUCCUUUUUCCAAGCUCUUCAACUACGUCACUCCUAUCAGACUUGACCAUUCCAAACUCCAUCACGCCAAAUGCACUGAUUAUGAACACAUAUUCAAUCGCUUUGACAAAGAUGGAGAUGGAAAAAUUUCUCCGUUAGAGCUCCAACAUUGUGUCAGGUCGAUAGACAGUGAAUUGUUGCUAGAAGAGGUGCAAUUGGUGGUUGAUUCACUGGGCUCAGACCAAGGUGGAUUGUUGGGGUUCGAUGGGUUCGUGAGUUUGAUGGAGAGCAAGGAUGAAGAAGAAAAAAUGGAGGACUUGAGGAAUGCCUUUGGCAUGUAUGAAAUGGAGGGCUGUGAGUGUAUAACACCAAAGAGCCUGAAGAGGAUGCUUAGUAGAUUGGGUGAAUCAAGGAGUGUUGAUGAAUGUGUUGUCAUGAUUAAUCAGUUUGAUCUUAAUGGGGAUGGUGUCCUUAGCUUUGAUGAGUUUGAGCUCAUGAUGCUUGAUUGA